UUUUCAACAACAAAGAAUAUAUAAUCUUAUACAUAGAAUAAAUUAAUUGAGUAAUGUUACAGUAGAAAGUAAAGAUGACGUUAAGAAUAGGGAAGAAAAAAGUUAAAAUUGUUCUUUUGAUUCUAUCGUUUCCUUAUUUUGAUAAGUCCAAAAGAACAGGUGACGACAGCUGCCUAAAGACACAGAGAUAUAUCGCUGGAAAGUUUGGAGGACGAAACUUAUUUGGAGGUGGAAUAUUUUGUACAGCUGUACUUACUGUACUAACACCUUUAGCUGCUAGUGUUAAUGUUGGAUUUGUACUCGCUGUACGAGUAAUUGAAGGACUUUUCGAAGGUGUUACGUUUCCAGCCAUGCACGCGAUGUGGGGAAUUUGGGCACCUCCUUUUGAAAAGACUAAACUGGCUACAUCUGCUUGGUCUGGUACUUUUAUAGGAACGGUGGUAGCGAUGCCAUUAUCUGGUUUGCUUGCACAACACGUCAGUUGGCAAUCUAUCUUCUAUUGUUUCGGUUCUGUAGCUAUUUUAUGGUCGCUGGCUUGGUUCUAUCUGAUUCGUGAUAGCCCAGAAAAACACGAAACUAUCACCUCUACCGAAUUAGAUUAUAUACACUCUACUAUAGGAAUUCAAUUAGAAAAUACCAAGGAUUUGUCUACUCCGUGGAUACGCAUCAUUACUUCUCUACCCGUUUGUGCUAUAGUUUUAGCACACUUCAGUGAAAAUUGGGGUUUUUAUACCAUGAUUACCGAGCUUCCAACAUACUUGAAAGAUGCACUGAAUUACGAAUUAGAUAAAGGUGUUACGUUUCCAGCCAUGCACGCGAUGUGGGGAAUUUGGGCACCUCCUUUUGAAAAGACUAAACUGGCUACAUCUGCUUGGUCUGGUACUUUUAUAGGAACGGUGGUAGCGAUGCCAUUAUCUGGUUUGCUUGCACAACACGUCAGUUGGCAAUCUAUCUUCUAUUGUUUCGGUUCUGUAGCUAUUUUAUGGUCGCUGGCUUGGUUCUAUCUGAUUCGUGAUAGCCCAGAAAAACACGAAACUAUCACCUCUACCGAAUUAGAUUAUAUACACUCUACUAUAGGAAUUCAAUUAGAAAAUACCAAGGAUUUGUCUACUCCGUGGAUACGCAUCAUUACUUCUCUACCCGUUUGUGCUAUAGUUUUAGCACACUUCAGUGAAAAUUGGGGUUUUUAUACCAUGAUUACCGAGCUUCCAACAUACUUGAAAGAUGCACUGAAUUACGAAUUAGAUAAAUCUGGCUUAAUUGCGGCAAUUCCGUACAUGGUCAUAUCCAUUACAGUUGCAUGUGGAGGACAAAUAGCGGAUUAUAUAUGCAAGAGAGGAUUACUCAACACUACAAAUGUUAGAAAGUUAUUUACUUGUUCAGCAUUUUUGUCUCAGGCAAUCUUCAUGACUGCUGCUGCAUCUACUAACGAAUCAACAGCAGCUAUCAUAUUUAUUAUAUGUGCUGUUGGUUUGGGUGGUUUUGCAAGUUCCGGUUACUCAGUCAACCAUUUGGAUAUUGCACCACAGUUUGCAGGUGUACUGAUGGGUAUAUCAAAUUGUUUUGCUACAAUACCAGGAAUAGUAAGCCCAACAAUAACAGGACAGAUAACAACUCAAAAAACACAAGAAGAAUGGAAGACGGUGUUUUUUAUAGCAGCUGGGAUCUAUUUUGUUGGAGCUAUCUUUUAUGGUCUAUUUGCUUCAGGAGAGAAGCAAAAUUGGGCUUCUAUACCAAGUGCUUACUCACCUGUCAAAGAAUCUAAAUCUUCAGAAGAUAUACCUUUCAAAAAAUAAACAAAUUCUCAUCUAUAUUUCUCUCUCUA